CUUAGAUUCGAGCUGUUCUUGCUCGGUGAAGGCGAGAAAAAGAUUGAGGAAAAUGUGUAUUCAGGGAUGGCCAACACGUCCGAUUUUGUUCUCAAGAAAGAGGACCACACCCUAGGAAACCUCCUCUCUGAGCAUCUUAAGGCUCACCCUAAUGUAAUGAUGGCUGGUUACAAAAUCGCGCACCCCAACGUUCCGGAGCUCUUCAUACGAGUGCAAACGGAUGGAACAGUUUCACCACGUGACGUAUUCACAUCAGUCUGUGAAAAGCUCAUCAACCAACUCGAGAUGUUGCAUCAAGAGUUCACGCGAGAGUGGGAGUUGAGACGUAUCACCAACACAGGAGAGCAGGGGAACAUGCAGGCCAACGGGCAGUAA